AUGGCGAAUAUAGAAGUGAUACCCAGUGGUCCCCACUGCAAAAAUGUUGAAGUAAUAAUUACUCUAAAAGAUGGAAAACUGGUCUGUGUGGAUCCUUCUGCUUCUUGGGUAGAGCGAAUUAUCAAGCUAAUAUUAGAAAGGUAUUCAUUCUACAACAGAGAGAACAACAAAAUGAUUAUAACAUUUUGCCCUUUUUGA